UAUUCGCUCGUGCACCUUCGACACGUUUAGUUGGAUCGUGUGGCGUCUGUACAGUAACUCUCUUUUCUCGAUUUUCUUCGACUCGUUAGUAUCGUUUUCAGUUUCUUCGUGCAAUUUGCAAUCGAUGUGCUCUCUUUUUGGAUGCAGUGUUGUGCUGCCGUGAAAUUGCUGGAUUUUUCGUUCGUUGCUGGUGCUGUUGCUGCGAACACCGACAACAGAGUUAUCUCAAUAAGCGGGAGGGGACUAUUUAAUAUGGAGCAUUUUUAACAUUCUAGAUCAGUCAUAAUUUGUGUGUGAUAAUUGAAUGAGCGUACAUGAAAGAAGCGAGGGACAAAGACAUCGACAAAAUCAGUUUUAUUUUUAUUUCAUGCUUUCCAAAAUGCUUGAAAACAAGAUAAUUGUACUGGCGUUAUUGAUUACCGGAUGUUAUUCAGCCGAUGACAAUACAAAAACAAUCAUUACAGUUAACGCAAACGCAACAAACACUGACGCAAUAUUUAAUGAAACGAUUUCGUCAACCACCAAAUUACCGGUGUCAUCAACGACUACUACUACUCAAUCAACGACGACGACAACGACAACCGCGACACCAACAAGUGAAUCAUUUCCAUUGUUAGAAGAUUUAGUGUCAGCCGAACAGGCAGCCGUGGAUAAUGAUAAAAAUUCCAACGACGAAAAAAAUACCGCAAAACGAACAAUUAACAGUAAAUUCACUGGGCCAAUUGUUGUUAACGAAGAGGUUAAUUUGUUUAGACCAGCCGAUGAUUUUACGCGAAGACAGCGGAUAAAUGUUCAAAUUAUUGAACCAGAGGCGCAUAAUAAUGGGCAAUUUUUAAAACAAACCGUAUUUAUUCGGCAAGAAAAUAAUACAGUGGUAACGUCAAAAACUACAACCACUUCAACAACGGAACGCCCAUCACGGCGCAAAAAUAUUGUAGCCGAACAAAAGUUUUUAGCACCAAUUCAGGUUGGUUCAAGACUAUCGAAUGAUGGAAGACCAAAACAAUUACCCGAUGAGGAUUGUGAUGAUCCAACCGAUCGACCAAAUGUUGGUGUAACCGAGCGACAAAAUCGAGUUUUAGAAAAUGUUGACAUUCAACAAAAUACGAAAAUUCAAAAGAUCAUUUACAAAGAUGAACCAAAACAAAAUUUAGUAUUUGGCGCUCGAGUAUCAAGUACUACACGAAAUCCAUGUGAGCAACCUUGUUCAACGACAAGAGCAUACAGGCCAUCGCCACGAAUAAAAACAUUUAAUACAACGCCGUUGCCGGCACCGCGUACUUUUACAACACCACGAAUUGUAACGACACAAAUUAUAUCGACUCCACGCGUAUUAACCACACCACCAACAUUGAUAACAUCCACUGUUACUCCUGUGCCUGUUCAAGCACCUAUAAAACCAGUUACAAACUUUGUUCCGGUACAUCAUGCCGUCGUCACUGAAAAACCAGUCUACAUUCAUACUCAUUCACAAGUGCCAAUUAUUCAAAAACAAUACGUACAAUUACCACCGCAAAUCAUCGAAAAACCAGUCGUGCAUAAGGAAAUUGUUCAACUACCCCCACAAAUUCAAGUUGUUGAAAAACCAAAAGUUGUCAUUCAAAAGGAAUUCAUUCCUUCGCCACCGCAAGAGAAAAUCAUUCCGGUUGAAGUGGAAAAAUUGGUGGUGAAAGAAGUACCCAUUACGAAUGUCAUCGAAAAACACAUUGAACAUCCACCAACGAUUGUUGAAAAAUUGGUGCCAUAUCCAGUUGCGAGCAAACCAAUUGAAGUGGAAAAAAUCAUUCACGUUCCUGUUGAAAAACAAAUUCCGAUAAAUCACAUCGUUGAAAAACCCGUGGCCGUUCCAUACGUUCAAUAUGUUGAUCGUCCAAUUCACAUUCCAUAUAUUUUACCUGUUGAAGUCCCUGUGGCUUAUCACUGGCCCUUUUUAUUAAAGCAACCGAUGCCACCGCCGCAAAAGUUUAUAAUAAAAACAACAAAAUAUGGCAAAGGGCAUGGUUUAUUCGAUUGGAAACACAAUCAUCUAAAGCAUAUAAAACACGUCAUUAUAAAAAAGCCAAAUCAUAUUCUAGCUGAUGAUAUCAUAGCGCCGCCAACGAUAGACUCAAUUGGAUUAUUACCGCCACCGAGAUUUCAACCAUAUAUAAAUGAGGAUUUCGGUCCAAAAGCGUCAGCGUCAAUAAAUGUGGUGUCGGCCGUUUUGCCAAACUCUGUGCACAGCAGUCGGGAUCAAUUUUUCGAACCAUCGCCAAUUAGCAAUGGUUUCAGUGGUUACGAUAAUAAGCUGAAAUUUGUUGAUUCAUUUUCGAAAGAUAUCCGAUGGGAGUAUGGUUUCAAACCGCCACUCGUUCCAAGUGUAGCAAUUGAUGAAUUCGGAAAUCCACUCAACGAACAUUAAAAAAAACCGCCAAUUUAGCCAUAAAAACAAAAUACAAAUUAAAAUCUGUACAUAUCGAAAGAAAACAAAUGUUGUUAGCUAAACUGAUUUCAUAUGGAUUUUUUGGAAACAAAUUCAUACAUAAUCGAUGAUAAUAUUAUCGAAAUGUUGACUUUUAUUUUUUAUUUUAAGUUUUAAAGUUGUUUUAUUGACAAUAAUACUCUUAGGAUUACUACUAAUUGAAUGAGUUGAUUUUGUUUUGAAUAAGAAUGGACGUUAGAUAUUUUUUCUAAGUAAGACUUUUCUUCAUCCAUUCUCUAGCUUGUAUGUAAAUACAUAUUUAUUUUUUAUAUCUAUUUCGUUUAAUACGACGAUAUAAUUUAUCUAAUAAUAACAUAACUCUACUUAAUACUGAUACAUAAAUCAGUCACAUCAUAUCAAAUUGAUCAAAUUUGGUUGUAAGUCUCAUUUGAGAGAAAAGAAAAUGGAUUUUUUUUGAUAAUAUUCAUUGUCUUUUCAUUUUCACAUUCCAUAAGGAUCACUUUAUUUUUGGUUGUAAGCACCUAUGGUUCAUUUCUAACCAAAUAUGAUUCAUUUCUUAUCGUAAAUCACAAUAUAUUUGUCAUUAAGAUUGUGUUGGCUUAAAUUAUCCUUUCUUAUUAUUUAUUGCCAGCAAUUCAUACAUUCCAUUUGACCAGGCAAUUGAAUAACGUAAUAAUUUUAUUAAGCGAUGAAAAAAUGUAUUAAGGAUGUACCUAGAACUAGAUAAAGAACUUUUCGAUCAAUCAAAGUGAUUCUUUUUUUUUGGUUUUCAAUGAGUAUUGUUCGAAGGGAAUAAGAUAACAAAGCACGUGUUCACUUUAGAUAAUGUCUACGCAAUUGGCGAAUUGGUUAAACUAAGAUAGACCUUUCCUUACAAAGAAAAUUCAUUCAAUAAAAAACACCCAUUAUGAGUCAUAA